CCCUAAAGAUGACCUUUUGUGGUGAAUUUUCUAUCACUGCUUAUAAUAAACGUUUAGGGAGGGAUAUACGAUCCAUACGGAAGUUGAGGGGUCUGAGACAAUGUGUCAGAGAUUGUGUAGACAGGGGACAAUGUAAGGCUGUAAAUUAUCACAGAGACAGUCUGCAGUGCCAGCUUCUGGGGGACUCCACCACAGAUUUAUCAGAUCUCAUGGACGAUGACAGCUUUAUGUUCAUAGACAUUGCAUCUCAGAGAACGGUCUUUUCCUCGUGCAAUGUGUCUUGUACAAGAGGAGUCUGUGUGAAGCUGUCUUCAGAAAUUGAUUACUGCUCAGUGCCUCGCUGUCCCUUGACUUUUCGUUACUCAAGUCAACUGAAUUUUUGCUACAUAAGUGUGGACAGCGGAAAGAAGUUUGCAGACGCACAGGCCUAUUGUGAGACUCUGGGAUGUCGAUUGGCCAUUCCUCGAACUAUGGACCAUAUAAUGUUUUUAAAUUCAGAGUUUUCCAAUGGUUACAUGAACAACAAUAAAUACAGAAUAGGAGGUCAGUGGAACACUGAAGCUGGAGAAUGGAGGUGGAUUAAUGGAAACGCCGUGUUUGAUUCUGUCAAUCUUAAUUUAACAGACUUCCAAAUCUCUUCUAAUGAUGGCGAUUUGAUGUGGGACUGUGACUCAGAUCUACGCCAGAUAAACACAGGAAAUGGAGAGAAAUUCUUGUGUGAGAAAGUUCUAUAA